AUGGCAAACUGCCAUAUUAUUCUACUGGCUUGUAUUUUUUUCUAUAAAAUAGUCUUAUUCUCCGAUGCAGAGCCAGAGAUAGAAGGAUUACAAAUUGUGACGAUUAAGCACUUUUCUUCAAUGGAAUUUAUUUUUCAUCCGUUUUCCUAUGUUCUAUACAAUACCUUUAUGAUAGAAAGGAGGCAAUUGUUGGUUAAAGCGGAACGAGAUUUAGAUAAACUAAUAUUUCUUGAGAUGGAAAAUGUUAAUGGAAAUGUCGGCAAAGAAUUUCACAUUGGAUUUCCAAGGGCAAUAAAUAUCAAAAAGAUAUGUCCACCAACUAUUACUAUUACCAGUGGACUAGAGCCUGCAACUGUUAAUGUUACUAAUAACGCCAAAAUAAGAAGUUCUACGCGUUACUACAAGGUCCCGCCUAACCAAUCUCUCUCCAUUGAAUUGGAUAUCGAAUUAGCAAAGCCUGAUGUUGGCAUCACCAACCGAACAGUUUUUAUCCAGUCUGAUCGAGAUAUUUCUGUUUCUGUCUAUCAAUGCCAGCUGAGCUAUCUUGCCUUGCCUAAAGCUUGUAAUAGUAACGAAUAUCUUGUUUUAACUUUACCAAUCGAUUUACUUAACCCAGAAAGAUCGAAUUUGAUGAUUAUUGCAAGCCACGGAGCGACAAAAAUUCAAAUCAACUUUACAAAAGCCAUUUCUUAUCAUAGUCCAUCUUACUUUGAUCAUCCUCGAUUGAACAUUGAUUUGCAACCUUUGCAGGCUUUUUAUGUUGAAUCUUUCGACGAUUUAACCGGUACGACUAUUCUAUCCCAAUCACCUGUAACUGUUUUUGCAAGCAACUAUUUUACAGGUCACAAGAAGCAAUCAAAAAAGAAUUCUUACAAUAUUGCUAUGCAAUUACCUGGAGUUCAGUACUGGGGUCGAAAUUAUAUCUUACCUGCAGUGGAAGCAAAUCAAGGCCUUGAUCGAUAUAGAAUUAUGGCUGCUCAUGAACAAACUACAAUCUUUAAACAAUUUAAUUCUCAUGCUUGGACUUUAUCCAAAGGUGCAGUACUGGAUUUAGUUAAAGAGAUUAGUAUAGCUACCCUUGUUUUAUGCGAUAAACCAUGUCUGGUAGUCUAUACUGGCCGAUUUGCUAUACAAGACAAGGCUAUGAUCGAUCCAAUGAUGGUUAUUAUGCCUUCUUUUCGUCAGUUUUUGCCACACUAUUCCUUUUCAACGGGAGAAUUCAAUCCCUCUUAUACUUAUUUUGUUCAUGUUGUUUUACGUCAACGAUAUCAAGGAGAGUUAAUCAUGGAUGGAAAGAUAAUCAAAGAUCAAACUAAAUCUAAUUUUACUCUUGCUCCAUAUAAAAUCAUUUCCAUCAAGGUUGAUUCUGGCUUCCAUCAUAUACAAACUUCCGUGUCUGAUGAAGUUUUUGGAUUGACUCUAUUUCGCGUUAAUGGUGAUUCUAUGCAAGGGUGUCUUGGAGGAAUUGAUUUUUCUUCAAAAUCCAAUCAAGCCUAUGAUCUUUUAACAGGACACUUUUGCCCGCCUAAAGAGGGUUCUUUCCAGCCUAAUGAAAGCAAAAGUCAGGAACUAGAAUUAUCCUCCUUAAAAGUCCGAAAGAGUGUUAUAAACUGGUUGUUUAAUAUAGUUGAAGAAAAUAGUGAAUCUCUCUUUGCUGGAGAUCUCGCUAUUUCAGCAAAGCUACUCUCUCGAAUCAAUUAUGAAUCGGAUGUAAUAUCUCUUCCUCUCAUAACCAAACUAAUUGAUAUAGGAAGUCGCCUUUUGCAUUUACAAUAUACCAAAGAUUGGCAUAAGAUUCAGCAGUCUACACUAUCUUGUGGAAAUGAAUAUGAUAGCGUAGCGGUCAUGAUAAGCUUGAAAAGAUUAGCUGCUAAGUUGAAUAAUGAUUUUAAUCAAACUGGUCCUCAACUAAUCGAUGUUACUUCACAAAAUAUAGUAUGCUACGAUCCCAAUUAUUCAAGAUAUUUCCCGUUACUGCCACAAUUCCAAGAACUGCAAAUCCAGACCAUCAGGUAUAAGGAUGUAGAAAAAGACUCUGAUCACGAUGAAGAUGAACACGAUGAUAAAAAAUCUAAUAUAUUAGAAAUAUCUACUCGUCAAGCUCAUAAUAUAGCUCACAUAUGGCAACAUAAUCAUGUACAAAUAAUAUUAAAUGCAGAAGCUUUACGAGAAAAUCAUGCCACAAGAAUAGUCACGAUUUAUUUUAAUACAUUAGAUGCAAUCAUGCCCUUACAAUUAAUAAAUCCAAGAAAUUUCUCUCAAGCAAACCCCAUUUUAAAUUCUGAAGUAAUCGCAGCUUUCUUUUCUACAUCAUUGCAAAGUUACGACGAAUUUUCACUGCAAUUAAUUUUUAAGAAUAAAUUUCCAAAUUUAACCUUAAAUAACUCGAAAAUCAGUAAUCGAUGGUGUGGAACGUGGUUAGCUAAUUCUGUUAAUGGUACCUGCGGCUGGUCUGAUUCAAAUUGCAGUAUAGGAAGUCAGUCUAACUCUACCCAUACCGUCUGCUUUUGUAAAUUUAUCAAGGCAGCAUCAUUUGCUGCUUUUUAUCAAGAGAGUAAUAUGAGCCAGGCAAGUCAGGACUCGUUAUUACGGCAGGGAUCUUUCUUUUCUCCCCAAGGUAGGAGACCAAAAUUAACCAAGAAAAGUUGCAUAAUUAAGUUAAAUGUAAUUUUUGGCACUUUGGUUGUCAACGUAUUAGCAAUUAUGCACCCUUUUGCAAAUGAGAACAAAACAAUGUGCAUCCUUAUGGCAGUAGGAUUACACUAUAGCCUGAUAAUGCUGUUUAUUUGGAUUUUCCACGAUAGCCUGGAUUUAUUUCUAAAAUUAUUUAAAGAUUUGGAAUCGAUAAUCCAAUGCAGUUGGUAUUUUAUUUCAGCUUAUAUGUUUCCACUAUUUAUCGUGGGAUUUACGUUUAGCAUCACGAGCGCGAUAUUCGGUGUGGAUAAUUAUGUCAAUUUUGAAUCGUGUUGGCUAACUACAGAUCCUCCUAUGUAUUUAGCUUUUAUCGUUCCGAUAUCAUUCCUGAUAUUGGUUAAAUUGAUCCUGUGCACCUUAACAUUGCGAAUUAAACCAAGCAUUAAGGAUGGAGAAUCAAGUUUUAAUGAUACCUAUUUCCCUUUGGAAUCAAUAAAGAGAUCGGCUCGAAUGUCUGUAAUUUUUUUAGCGGUGGCAACUAUGUGCUGGAUUUCUUUUACGAUUGGAAUAUGGACCAAUUCUAUGAUAUUCCGCAGUAGCUUUGCUAUAUUAAAUGGAGUACAGGGAAUUUGUUUGCUUUAUAUCUACUGUUUUCAGCUUGAUCACAAAUGUCGAUGGAUUCGAGAUAGAAGUACUGAUACCUCAUGUGAAGAAUAUGGACAUACUCUCGAAUUGACUCGUCGAUCUGUUAUCAAUGUGGCACCUUACUUUGAUGAAUCAACCUGA